AGAGCGCGCUACAUAGCCGCAGCUCAGCCUGUGACGUAGAGGUGUGCGUGGCCGGGCCAGCCCGAAGGUGGUAGCGACUAGCUGAGGACAGAGCCCUAUUGCGGGGGGAGGGGCGAAUAGUAAAAAAACAUAGACACCCGGUGGGUUAGAUAAUUGAUAUCAGACACCCGCCUUCAUUCGCCCCCUUAGACGUGUGUGGGCGGCUCCGGGUUGUAGCGUGUCCCGGAUAUUGUAGGGGGGGCACCACCACCACCUCCUCUUUCUCCGCCUCUUCCUCGGCUCUCUCCUCCUCCGCCCAACUCGCCCGAAUACCCGCCCGGCACCGGCAGCAGCGAGAGCAUCAUGGCGCUGAAGCGGAUCCACAAGGAACUGAAUGAUUUGGCCCGUGAUCCUCCAGCACAAUGUUCUGCAGGCCCAGUUGGAGAUGACAUGUUUCAUUGGCAAGCCACAAUUAUGGGCCCUAAUGACAGUCCAUAUCAAGGCGGUGUUUUUUUCUUGACGAUCCAUUUUCCAACAGACUACCCCUUCAAACCUCCCAAAGUUGCGUUUACAACGAGAAUCUACCAUCCAAAUAUUAACAGCAAUGGCAGCAUUUGUCUUGACAUUCUCAGAUCACAGUGGUCCCCAGCUUUAACUAUUUCUAAGGUUCUUUUGUCAAUUUGUUCACUGUUAUGUGACCCCAACCCAGAUGACCCUCUAGUGCCAGAGAUUGCACGGAUCUACAAAACAGAUAGGGAAAAGUACAAUAGGCUAGCAAGAGAAUGGACAGAGAAAUACGCUAUGUUGUAGGGUACAACAGAAUAGCCCGGGAAUGGACUCAGAAGUAUGCCAUGUGAUGCUACCUUCAAGUCUAAAUACACCUGCAUUAUAGCUGGAAUAAAAUAAACUUUAAAUUACUGUUUUCCCCUCCCUUUCAGACCUCAUCUACUUACCCCCUCCUAAUUUUUUUCUUUUAUUUUGUGCUGCCUCCCUUCAUGCACAUGCUCAUAUGGGAAGACUUUAGCUCAGCAUUGGACAGAAACUGCUCUAGACUGUCAAGUAGUUGCCAGAAUUCAAUUACCCAAGAUCCUUAAUCUUAACAAACUGAGCAUGUGUUAAAACAUGGCCGCCGUCUUCACUGUAACUUGGUUAUGAGAUAAACCCAUCCCUCAUUUCUUACUGAAGUGGUGAAGAUUAGAGCCUUUUCUUUGGGGUAGGGAGGGGAAAGUGUCAGGCAAAAUUAAAUUUAAAAAAAAAAGUAAAAUUUAAAUCCUCUUGUCUUAUUGUAGAGUUCAGCAAUGUGGAGUUACUAUGGAUAUUUUGGUCACAACCUCCAGACGUUAAAGACUUUUUUUUUUUUUUUUCCCUCCAUUUACUUUAUGCUCAUAACUGAUGUUUUGGGUGGAGAAUUGGUGUUGAAAUUUAUAUAGCCACAGAAGUUAUGUAUUUUAUGCAUGUCAAUAAACAUGACAGAUUGAAAUUGGAAGGUGAACCCCCCCCAUUAAAUAACAGAUAGGAUCAAAAGUUUUGUAAUUUUUUUUUUUUCAUUGAUGUUUUUAUUUUAUUAUUUUGUGGAGGCUGAGCUAUUAGUUCAUCUCUCUUCCAAAACACUGUUAAUAUAGCACUGAAUAAAAUGAUUCAAGAGUCGAUGGAUGACUGAUCAACUAAUAGCUCCAUUUUUUUUUUCUUCAAUAAAGUUGCAUAAACCAAUGUGUUAGCUGCCUGAAUUAAUCAUUGUGUUCAACCUUAUUUUCUAUGUAAAUUCAAAAGAUCUGUGUGUGUAUAUAAAGUUUGGAUUUUGUUCUGUUUGACGUCAAAUAGUGUAAAGAGCAUAAACUUUUUUUUUUUUCUCUUCUCACUUAUGUUCCUUUAAAGCUGUUUAUGCACUUGUA